AUGGUGAAACGCGCCGGCCAAUAUGAUGGAUGCUUUGAUGAAUAUAUUCUUGAGCCGCCGGCGAGCAUUUAUGGGCACAAUUUUUUAACCAUUCCCGGUUUUCUUCCAUUUCUCUUCCGCAGGACUGACGGCACAGAGUCUCCGAUAAUCACGGAGAGUGAUGCAGACACAGAUAAACCGCGAAUGAAAUACGGCGAGCUCGUGAUACUAGGAUAUAAUGGCUUUCUACCACAGGGCGAUCGCGGCCGGCGCCGGUCGAAGUUCGUCUUGUACAAGCGCACCGAAUCGAACGGCGUCAAGCGUUCCAAGCACUACAUCGUCCAGUCGCCUCAGUCCUCCCAGGCCAUCCUGGACGCCAAGCAGCACUCCAUAUCGUACACGCUGUCCCGCAACCAGGCCGUCAUCGUAGAGUACAAAGAGGAUCCGGACACGGAUAUGUUUCAGGUUGGACGAUCAUCCGAGUCACCAAUAGAUUUCGUUGUGAUGGACACGCUCCCGGGCGACAAAAAGGAUACCAAAAUUGUACAGAGCACGAUUUCCAGAUUCGCCUGCCGGAUCUUGGUCGAUCGAGCGGAUGGCAACAAGACGCGGAUAUAUGCGGCAGGUUUCGACUCCAGCAGAAACAUAUUCCUAGGGGAAAAAGCUACCAAAUGGCAGGAUAAUGUCGAAAUCGAUGGUCUGACCACAAACGGCGUGCUAAUAAUGCACCCGAAGGGCGAAUUCUGCGGUGGCACCGCGGAUUGCGGUCAGUGGCGUGAAACGUCGGUCGGUGGCGAUGUCUUCAGCCUACGGGAGUGCCGAUCCGCUCAGCAGAAAGGGCAACAAAUAUACGACGAAUCCAACGUGCUACAGGAUGGCACGCUGAUCGAUCUUUGCGGAGCGACGCUACUAUGGCGCUCGGCUGAAGGGUUGCGGCAUUCACCGACAAAGAAGGACCUAGAGAAGCUCGUAGACGAAAUCAAUGCGGGCCGACCUCAGUGCCCGGUCGGUUUGAACACGUUAGUUAUUCCUAGAAAAGUGUCAUUGGGUGAUCACGUCAAUCAGCCUUACGUAUAUCUCAACUGUGGUCACGUACAAGGACAACACGGCUGGGGUCAAGAUAAAAACACGAACGCUCGUCGGUGUCCGAUGUGUCUGGAAGUCGGUCCAGUAGUAACGCUGUGUAUGGGAGUAGAGCCUGCUUUUUACGUGGAUUCUGGCCCACCAACGUAUGCAUUCAAUCCGUGCGGUCACAUGGCGACGGAAAAAACGGUCAAGUAUUGGGCCAAUGUCGAUAUACCUCAUGGUACCAACGAUUUCCAGUCGGUAUGUCCGUUCUGCGCGGCGCCGCUUGUAGGAUCUCCCGGUUACAUUAAGCUGAUUUUCCAGGAUAAUUUAGACUAAUUUCGCC